GGGUUGAUGAACCCAGUUUGCUUAGUUGAAAACCACUCCGCGUGUAGAACAAACCCGGUUUGCUUCCGAAUAAUGAAGGAUCCGUUCAUACUUGUGCCUGUGACUAAGCUAAGUGAUGAUGAUGAUGGGCGAUUAGGUCGUUUUAUUGCUGUUAAUGUUUGUAUCAACUCUUCUUGAUAAUUGUCGAUCGUGACCUGUUGCUUUUUAGUCGAACGUGACCUGUCGCCGUUGCUCUCGGAAAAUUGGAAAUUUGUCGAUCACCUUCCCAUCUGAAAGUUGUCGAUCUCGGAAAAUUGGAAGUUUCCGCCAAUCUCCACUUAUGCUGUUAUCGAUCGCUCUAUAAGUAGAUUUUUCUCGAUCGCCUUUGUCCUACCAGUUACAAUUUAACUAUCAGAAUUCGGAAAUGUCUCAUAAGGUGCCAAUCCACUCUACUUCACUCCAAUCCAAUCCAAUCCAACACAAUCCAGGAAAGAUGUCACAAUUCUUAUUAAGAGAAACAUUGAAACGUAAGCAACAUACAAAUGUACGUUUCAUAAACAAACGUACCGAUGAUGCAAAAUCUGUUGGUAAUAUAUCAUCAUCAUCCAAUACCACAUUAUCAUCUGUUGGUACUGUAUCUGCCCCAACAUUUGUUUCACAUGUUGGUACUAUGGGUGCCACAUCAUCAACACAUGAAUCAUCCACCCAAUCAUCCUUGCCUACAUCAUCUAACCAAUCAUCUGUAUCUACAUCUGUCCAAUCAUCUACACCUGCAUCUACUACAUCAUCUAUACCUAGAUCCACAACAAAUGGUAGUGAAUCGGUUGAGGAAAAUAUUGGGAUUCAACAUCAAGGGUAUUUACUUGGAUCUACUGGACUGGAUGGGCGUCUAUAUAUUGGAGUACGAGAUAAGGAGUUAUUUCCUUCGGGCCCAUGUUCUUCCAUUAUCUAUGAAUCCUUUGGUGAAAGAGCUGAUUUAAACGGGUAUAGCUGGGCAACUUUAAGUGACGAGACAAAACUCCUUUAUUGGGACGAGUUUCAUAAAAAGUGCCAUUGGGAUGAUGCAAAAACUCCGUUAGUCCAAGCUUGUUGGGAAAAUAAGGCAAAGGAAAGAUAUAGACAAUAUAUCUACAAUAUAAGCUCAAAAUGGAAAAAGUCGACUCUAAAAAAAAAACCAGUAAAUAUAACAUCAGAAGUGUGGACAUCCUGGACUGCAAGAUGGAAUACUGAAGACUUCAAGAAGAAAUCAGAACAAAACAAAAAAAAUAGGCGUAGAGGUGUAGUUGAUGGACAAGCCCUUUCUACGCAUACCGGUGGAUCGGCUUCUCAUUCCAAGAUUGCUUCUGAUUUAAAGAAGCUUUGGGGACAUGAUCCGGCACACCAUGAACUAUUCUUGUAUACACACACUAAGAAUCACGAUGGAGUGACUUUUUUAGUUGACAAAGCUAAAAAAAUUCAUGAUGAUUUUAUGGAACAAUGUGAUCGGUUGGAAGCAAUAGGAGAGGAAAUUGAUGAGGACAAACUAUUUUAUGAUGUUGUUGGGGGACAUGAUCGAAAAAAGAGAUUAUAUGGAUUUGGCUCAUAUGGAAAGCGCAUUCGUUCUAGUAAAGGAUCUUCUGAAAUGCAUCGCGAACAAUACGAGGAUAAUAAUGCUGAGACAAAAGUCGAGAUUGAGAAUUUGAAGAAGUUGGUUGAGACGCAACGCGAACAAUAUGAGGAUAUUCAACAAAAAUAUGAGGAUGUUCAGCAAAAAUAUGAGGAUGCUCAGAAAAAGAAUGUGGAGUUUCAGCAGAAAAAUGUGGAUGUUCAAGCAAAGUUUGAACAACAACUCGCACAAGCAAUGAAUGUCAUUAACACAUUGAGUGAACAGGUCAAAAAUUUUAUUAAUCAAUGAUAGAAUAUUAUGUAUUAAAUAAUGUUUUACGUUAAAUUUGUAGCGACUUUUGAUUUUGAAAGAUGUAUCUUUUGAUGUAUUGGAUAUUUCUUUUAGUUUCUAUAGAAAUACUUUGUUA